ACAGUCACGGGGCGGUUUUGUGGUUGAAAGCUAAAGUAGAGAUACUUUCAAAGUUGACAGGAUCGGGGUUAUUUAUUUAGGAACCACUACCAGGCAUUAGCGCCAUAAUAUGUCUUCCUGUUCAGUAUGCCUUGUUGGCUUACUGCUUAUAUGCUUGUCAACAGAGCAUAUAAAUGCCCGACCAAACUUUGUCAUUAUGCUGAUGGACGAUAUGGGAUGGGGUGAUCUAGGAGUUUAUGGAAAUCCUGAGAAAGAAACACCAAAUCUUGAUGCUAUGGCUGCAGAAGGAAUGUUGCUUCCUAAUUUUUAUUCUGCUAACCCAUUAUGUUCACCGUCCAGAGCAUCUCUGCUGUCAGGGCGUCUACCAAUCAGAAAUGGUUUCUAUUCAAACAAUGCACAUGCUAGAAAUGCAUACACACCACAAGAUAUUGCUGGAGGUAUUCCUGACGCAGAAAUUUUAUUUCCUGAACUUUUACAGAGUAAUGGCUAUAGAAGCAAAAUCAUUGGAAAAUGGCAUUUGGGGCAACAACCACAAUACCACCCUUUAAAACAUGGUUUUGAUGAAUGGUUCGGUGCUCCUAAUUGUCAUUUUGGUCCAUAUGAUGACAAAAAGACACCUAAUAUACCUGUAUACAGAGAUGCUGACAUGGUAGGAAGAUAUUAUGAAGAUUUUAUGAUAACAUCUGAUGGAGAAUCUAAUUUAACACAAAUUUAUAUACAGGAGGCACUAACAUUUAUUCAAAAAGAAGCUGCUAGUAAGCAACCAUUUUUACUGUACUGGGCAGUUGAUGCUACACAUGGUCCUGUAUAUGCCUCCCCAGCCUUUAUGGGAACCAGUAACCGAGGAAGAUAUGGAGAUGCUGUACGAGAGCUAGAUUUUGGAGCUGGUGCAAUCUUAAAACAAUUGAAAACUCUGGGAAUCGACAACAAUACAUUGGUUAUUUUCUCUUCGGACAAUGGUGCCGCUACUUAUGCUAAAACAGGAGGUGGAAGUAAUGGUCCAUUCCUUUGUGGAAAAGAGACAACAUUUGAAGGUGGGAUGAGAGAACCAACAAUAGCAUGGUGGCCAGGAAAAAUUGGAGCAGGACAGGUAUCACAUCAGUUGGGCUCUUUAAUGGAUUUAUUUACUACAAUAUUAGAAUUAGCAGGUAUACAGAGCCCUACGGAUCGUAUAAUAGAUGGCAUCAGUUUAACUAAUACACUCUUUAAUAACCAAGAAACAGACAGAGAAAUAUUUUACUAUAGAGGUGAUGAAUUGAUGGCAGUAAGACAAGGUUUAUAUAAAGCUCACUUGUGGACAUGGACCAAUUCUAUAGAAGAAUUUAAUAAGGGUACAGAUUUUUGUCCUGGUCAAGAAAUAGCAAAUGUUACAACACAUGACCAAGUCAACAAUACCAUGCAACCGUUAUUAUUCCAUCUUGGAACAGACCCAGGAGAAAAAUAUUUAAUCCAUCCUAUGUCACAUGAAUACAGAAAAACAAUUCCCGGAAUACAGGCAGCCAUCAUGAAACAUAAACAAACAUUAGUACGCGGUACACCCCAGUUAAAUUAUUGUGAUUCGUCUUUAAUGAAUUGGGCCCCAACGGGAUGUGAAAAACUAGGUAGAUGCUUGAAAGCACCUCCAUCUAAUCGUGAACUUUGUGUUUGGGAGCACUAAAAUAAGAAAUACUAUUGAAUUAUAUUGUUUUAAAAUAUGGGAAUUUGUAGUAACUUUUUUAAUGGAACCACACAUUUCUUCUCAAAUUCAUUUUUAUAUCCACUCUAAAAUUGUUAAGAUAGAGGAAGAUAUGCACUUAUUGUUGAGCAUGUUUCUUUCAUGUCACAUCUCUUAUAUUGAAUUAUUGACAAAAGUACUCAUUCCAUAUAAUGAUUUUUAUAUUUGAUAUAUGUCAUCUUGAUAUUUGCAUACUUACUGGUAUAUAUUACAUGUAUUUAUAUUUUGAGAUGUAUGUCAAGUUCCAAUGUCUUUUCUUUUGAUAUGAAAGAAGCUUUUGAACAGAAUUAAGCUUAAAAAAAAAGUUAAUUUACCGGUAGUAGUAUUAUAUGUUUCUAUUAUGAAAUGGUAUGCUGCUGUAUUCUUUUAAAUGUCUGAUGCAUAUCUUACCUGUUGAAUUUAUUGUUUUCGAAAUUUUUCAUUUGUAUUUUAUCUGUUCAUUUUAUAUUUAUGUUAUUUAAGAUACACAUACUAGGUCCUAUUUGUCUACACCAUCAUUUUGAAAAAUAUAGAUCCUGGAUAUAUUAUACAACUAAAGUCUAAUUGGUAUAUCUGAGGGCUUAGGGCACUUCCAUGUGAAAGAGCUGGUUUUCUCAAAAAUGCAUAUAUGUGGGAAUUUGACAUUGUUUCAAUUGAUUUUAUAAUAAAUUAUAUAUUAUAUU